AUGCCCGCCCCUGCUGCUGCCUGCGGCAAGGAUGAAGUUGGCAGCUCGGCCUUGCCGCCGCUGGGGAAAGCACCUGCCCCAGCUCAACAGGGCGGGCGAGGGAAGAACAUACGCAUCACCCAGCCUGGCCCUGCUACCUGCAGGGCGUGGGUAAUCUUGGCCUCAGCCAGCCAUUAUUUCCAGCGCAUGUUCACAAGCUCCUUCAAAGAGUCAUGGGAACAGGAAAUUGUGCUCAGGGGUCUCUCGCCCUUUUGCCUCCAGACCCUCCUGGAUUUCAUCUACACAGGAAAACUGGUCUUCACUGCAGAACAGGCCGAAGAACUAUUCACGGCAGCUGGCAGACUUCAGCUCAUGCCUGCGUUGCAAAUCAUCAGCAGAUUCCUCAAGGAGAGCAUUUCCAUGGAGAACUGCCUGGAGUUGUACACGCUGGCCUAUUCACAUAACCACCGGCCUCCUCCAUCCGGGCCCAAAGCGUUUGCUCGUUUAUCAGCCUUCCGCGUUUGCGAAAGCCUGACUGUGGAAUCGGAGCUGACUGUGUACAGGGCCGUGCGCCGCUGGGUCCGGCAUGACCCUGGCGAGCGCCUCCUGAAACUUACAGAACUGAUGGCUCACAUCCGCCUUCCUCUGAUGACCCCAGAGGAGCUUGCUGAGGUCCAGGGUGACAUGGAAGGGUUUUGCCAGCCCGUGCAGUUGCCGGGGGAGGAGCUCAGUGAAGAGGAAAGGUUGAAAGCCAGCGGAGGACUGCGGCAGGGCAUGUACCAUGAAGGCGUGGUGUGCAUCGGCCUGCCAAGGUGGAGAGAGAUGAAUUCGGAGCAUGUGGAGCUGGAUUCUCACGUCCACUUUUUCGACCUUUCCUCUGAGCAAUGGGAGCAGCUGCCCGAGUUGAAAUCACUGACUUUCCCUGGGUGCGCCUCCAGGGGCCACAAACUCUACGUGGCUGGUGGCUGGUACUUAGACAAUUCCUGCUCGGACAAUCUGUUUGUAUACGAUGCGCUGUGGGGUCGCUGGUCCCAGCUCUCCUCCAUGUCUAUGGCUCGAGCGGGACAUGCGUUCCACUAUUGCAACAAUAAGCUAUACGCCGCUGGUGGUUGGGAUAAUACGGGGUCCCUCACAUCUGCGGAAUGUUUUGACUUGGAGCGAGAAGAAUGGGUCCCCAUCUCCAGCCUGCCUUUCUCCCUGGCCUCCUUCGCCUCCACACUGUUGAAGCGCAAACUGUACCUUAUUGGCGGAGAGAUGAACUUGGGAGGCCCUGACAUGCCAGUCCCAUUCCAGGGAUUUCUGGUUUAUGAUCUUGCAUCCAAAGCCUGGAACCAGAUCCUCAGGACCUUUGAAUUCUAUGAGGCGAGCGCCGUUGCCUUGGACAACUGGAUCUUCAUCGUUGGGGGACUGUCUGAAGACAAUGCCCACGGAGGGCGCCAAUUCACCGGAAGCUGUACCUGCCUGCUUGAAGAUGGCACAACGAACCAAGAUGUUCACGUUCCCCCUCUGCCCAUCUCAAUCUCUUAUCCAGGUGUCGCUCGCUGGCGGAAGAGGAUUUAUGUCUUUGGUAGCAACUGUAACGACUGCUGUUCCAGUGGUAUUCAUUACUGGGAGCCAGGCUUCCUGAGAUGGACCCAGUGUGGAGCGAGUUUACCUGAUCCCAAUUACGGGGCGUUUGGAUUUGGUUGUACAGAGCUGAAGGUGCCCAGGAAAAAAAUCCUCUCUCUGUUUCAGGCAAGGUCUGCCCCAUCUCAGUAG